AAUUAGAAGGCAGACUGACAGAACAACAAAGAGUGUAAUAAUUGUGUGGUGAAAUAUAUAACGACAUGGCAGAGGCACAGCCAGAAACCUGGUCGAAAAAGCCCCUAAACAGUCACACAAACGAACAAACACGAGUGCAAUCGCACCUUUGGCAGGUAUAUUUGUUAACAAAAGUGGCCGCAGGUGAGCUAGGCGGGGUGCAGGGAGCGCAGGAGAGGCAGAUGAGCUUGGCUUAUUGAUGCGUACGAGAACAGGAACGUCGGUGACGACUCAUGGCUCUCGGAUUUAAAUAAAAGGCCCCUGGCCGUAACCACCAAAUAUCAGUUGCACUCAGAUCUUCUCCAGCAAUCAAUCGAAUCGAAAUCCAAAUCUAAAGAUGCGUCUAACAUUGGUGGCCCUCAUCGCCGUCCUCUGCCUGGCCUAUGCCUACGCUGCGGACGAUGCCCAGCCGGACAACGAGCAGGUGAUUGGACUCCUGGAUGUCGCCGAUCAGGGAGCUAAUCAUGCCAACGAUGGAGCCCGAGAGGCCAGAGGAUGGGGAGGAUAUGGAGGAUAUGGAGGAUGGGGAGGAUAUGGACGUGGCGGCGGCUGGGGGGGACAUCAUCACCAUGGCGGCUGGGGUGGCUACGGACGUGGCGGCUGGGGUGGCUACGGACGUGGCGGCUGGGGUGGAUGGGGAUAUGGCCGAUAAGCUGUCACUACUUCCACCGGAUAUCCAGCCGAGCUGUCAUCGCCUGACCACGCCUUUGAUGUGCUGUGUGCUCAGGCCAAGCGGACUCCCACGGAUGUCAAUUCGUCAAUAAAGAACAUUUAAAGCAUUA